AGUCGUGGUAUUACUGACCCAAGACUCGAACCCACAACCUUAGGGUUAGGAGUCAGACUCUCUAACCAUUAGGCCACGACUUCCCCCUUUCUUUCUUUUUUCUGCAGUUCUGCAGAGUAAAUAUUUAGAAUAUGAAGGCAGACUGAUUUGUGUUUUGAAGUUUGUCAUAACUUGCUCUGCUGGCAACAAUGAAUAAAAGAGCGUAGCUGAGGAGAAGCUCAGCAGUCACACCCAUUUGGAUGAGGUUUGAUGGGAGGAGCUGAGAAAGAGUAUUAGAGAGAUGGACAGAUCAUCAGAUGGACACGAUCUCAUCAGAAAUGAAGCUGGACACAGUGUUCGUCACGCUUCUGCUCGCAGCUGUCGUCAGCUCAUCGGCUCCUCGUCAGUAUGAGUUUGUUCAGAAAACGAUGAACUGCACUAAUGCUCAGAGAUACUGCCGUGAGAAGUACACUGAUCUGGCCUCCAUUGACAACAGUGCAGACGUGACCGAGCUGCUGAAGAGCGUACCCGAAUCUGCUGGUUAUGCCGUCUGGAUCGGGCUGAUGAACACCUCCAGGAGUGAAUGGAAGUGGUCUCUGGGAGACCCUGCGUUUUACACUGAUCAUGAUUCACUGUAUCGCAACUGGGCAUCGAAUCAGCCGAACAGUGGUCAGUAUUACUGUGCUUAUAUGAGUCAGGACGGACUGUGGCGGGAUGACAGCUGUAAUAACCAAAAGUUUUUUAUCUGCUACAAUGACAGCAGUAAAGGAUUUGUCCUUGUGGAUCAGUGGAUGAACUGGAGAUCAGCUCAGAGCUUCUGCAGAGCGAAUCACACGGAACUGAGCAGCGUGAGGAACCAGGGUGAGAACCAGCAGAUUCAGCAGCUCUUGAACACUGGAGGAGUCACUGCUGUCUGGAUUGGUCUGUUCAGAGACUCAUGGGAAUGGUCCGAUAAGAGUAACUCCUCGUUUAGAAACUGGGCAUCCAAUGAAGCCCAAGGCAAUGAGGAUGCCACAGUGCUUGUGAUGAGUGGAUCAAGAAGGGGACAGUGGGAGGACUGGCCUUGUAAUUCACAAUUUACCUUUGUCUGUCACAAAGAUCAGUUCAUACUCAUCAAGCAGAAUCUGAGCUGGAGUGAAGCCAUGGUGUACUGCAGACAGAACCACGUGGACCUGGUGUCGGUGCCCAGCCCUCAGAUUGAGUGGCGGGUGAUGAGCGUGGCGAGAAGAGCUUCGACGGCGGCCGUGUGGAUGGGUUUGCAUCACUACUGCAGCAUGGACAUGUGGCUGUGGCCGCGCGGCGAGGUGGUCUGUUAUCAGAACUGGGCUGCGGGGAACGGCACCGGAGCGCACGACUGCUGCGAGCAGAGAACCGGAGCCAUUCAGUCAGCUGGAGAUCAGCGCUGGGUCAGCCUUCCUCCGGCACUCAGGCUCAACUUCAUCUGCACCAACUAUGAGCCUUGAGUGUGUGUUUGCACUGCAAAGAAUGACAUCUUUUUUCCAAUAGAAACUUUCUAAACUUUCUCAACUCAACCUUAAAACCUUAAAAUCUUAAACUUUAAACAGCUUUGUGAUAUUUCUGGUGUGUAAAUCUAUAAUAAAAUGACACACACAGUGUUUGUUGUGAGAGUGCUGAAUCUGAUCCCAAAGGAAACCUCCUUGCCCUUCACUCUAAUGGUGAUUUGCAAUGAUGGCAUGUCAUUGAUUUUACAUGAUGUUUAUUCUGUCUGUGAGCGACUGUCUGUGAAGUUGAACAGUGCUCAUGAUUAUGCAAAUGAGCAGUGACUGUAGGGAUGGGGGCAGUGUAGGUGAUUGAUUCAUCACAGACCUGACUCCUUGACUGCAGUGCUGCAUCAUGUGGUCGUAAUCAUAGUUUGUGCAUUCAUUUCAGCACAACCUGUUGAUGACACUUUACUUAAAUUUUAAAAUCUUGCAAAUUUUGAAUUCAAAAGAAUAAAAAAAAAAACAAAAUUAUUGGGUUAUUGUAUUCAGGUCAGUUUCUCCUGGCUGGCUCGCCAGAUUGUUCGAUUUUGCUGUAUUUGGCUGAGCAGUGGUUUCGGUGGCUUGUCAAAGUAUUUGACUUCCCUAAUGCACAAGUAAGCUUGACCACAGUUCUUGUGGGGAGAAGAUUUUUAUUGAAGGUGGUAAUGUAGAAGUUCUUCAGUAGCGAUGCUAGCAUGUCAUCCUUCAAAGAAACUUAACCCAAGAUACUGUCUGUGAGACCAGGGGCUUCAGUUAUAAAACUUUACAUAGAAUUCAUCCUAAAAGUGUACGUAUGCACAAAAGCUAGAUUCUGCGUACGCAGAAAAGUUUUCAGAUUUAUAAAACCAUUCGUACGCCAGAACCUGUGCAAAAAUCCAUUUAUAAAACCCAGUCAGAGAAAGAUUGUGCAGCUAACAACCCCCAGUCUUACUAUGCAUAACCUCAUCUGCAUAUUCCCAUCCACGUGACACCAUAUUUAACACCGUUAAAGGUACAAGAUGUUAAGGAAAUAUGAGAUACAGACU